AUGGGAACUGUGGGCUCACGACCAAGGUCUUGCUUUGCUCCAUUUCAAAAAUCCUUUUCCAUCAAUAGUUCUGCUUCUCGGGAGGAUUGCCAAUGUCCUAAGACGGAGUCAUGGAAAGAGGAUACAGAUUGCUGCUCCUGGGGUGUGGUGACUAGUGACAUGAGGACUGGUCAUGCAAUUGGCCUUGACCUAGGUUGCAGCAUGCUUCAUGGAACCCUCAAUUCCAAUAGCACCCUCUUCUUCCUUGGCCAUCUCCAAAAGCUUGACCUGUCUCACAAUAAUUUCGACAGGUCUCCUGUUUCAUCUCAAUUUGGCCAGUUCUUGCAUUUGACACAUCUAAACCUAAAUUCGUCGAAUUUUGUAGGCGAAGUUCCAUCAAAAAUCUCCCAUCUAUCCCGAAUGGUGUCACUUGAUCUCUCUUAUAACUCUGAGCUGAUGGUAGAGCCAAUUGCGUUUCACAAGCUUGCUCAAAACCUUACCCAGCUAAGAGAACUCCACUAA